GCAGUCAAUUCCUAAAUUUUUGAAACGAAUAGUGGAAGAAGAAUCUAGAUUAUCUGCAAUCAACUUUCACGCAUUUCUUCUACACUCACGAUCCAAAGGCAAUGAAAAAUCGUAGAAGAGGAGUGAAAGAAUCAAGAAUAAAGAUAGAGAAUGAACUCGACAACAUAACAACACAAGGACCAUCAAAACGAAGAAAGCAAUUUACUGUUGGAGAUGAUGGGAGAAUUAUGUUUGAUGAAGAGGAACUCAAAAUGAUCCUAGGUUUUAAGAGAGGCGUGGACUAUAUUGAGGUUGGUUGUGGCACUACAAACAAAGCAUAUGGAGACUAUGUUGGGAUUCUAAAAAUUAAUAACAAGGGUGAAUAUUACAUCACCUGUCAAUGCUGCCCUAUGUGUCCUUUAGAGAGUGUUACUCUGGAGGACUUUGAGAAACAUGCUUUCAAAGAAGGUUCUGGAAAAUGGAAAAGCAACAUUUGGGUUCAUUACGAAAAUGAAGACAGAGUCCCUCUCUCGAAGACACCUUUGAUGAAAUACUACACACAUCAAGCAAAUGUGGCUAACUGGAAAGAUGCAGCAAAUAGGAAAAGAAACUUUCAUAGGGAUGAGUUCAUACAUUGCUCAAGUUGCAAAAAGGAACGUAGGUUCCGUCUUAGGGGCAGGCAAGAGAUUAAGGAGUACCAUGAUGCUUUGACUAACAAAUCUUGGACUUGUUCUCUUUUUCCUCAUCAAAAAAUAACCUGCAAUACUGAAGAAGAGAGACCAAGUCUGAGAGCAAGUAGAGGUUGUCCUCGUGCUGCAACUUGCCAAGGUUGCUUGUCUUGUUAUUGCAAAGGGUGCAUCAAGUGCCGCUUUGAGGAUUGCAAUUGCCAAGAAUGUAGAGACUUCAUGCUAUAUGCAGAACCUUAAUUAGGCUCUAUGCAUUCACUCAUUUGCCACCUAAAAAAAAUAAAUAAUGAUUUUGUGGAGAAACAUUACUAUUGUUCUGAAAAACUGCAUGAUACUAUUUUCUUUAUUCAUUCAGAUUUUGUUUCUCUUUGGCAAA